CGUACCAGUAUCACAGUUGGCAGAGUGUGUGACGGAUCGCCCGACCGCGUUCUUCCGUCGAAUCGUUCUGUUAUUCGUUUGCGAUCGCGCCCUUUUGAAAGGAGUUGAUUUUAUUAUUAUUUAUAAUCUUGAAAAAGGCCCUCUCACCAGUUCUGAGGAAGCAAGAUACAGUGUUAUUAACGACAGUUUGUGGAAUAUAAGAUAUCACAACAUAGUCCUAUUCUGAAGACUAAGACAUUCCAAUCGGUAUAUUCGGAGGAAUUAAAGUUCGCUGGACAACAAAGUCUGAAGAAUUCGAUGGAUUGUUGAAGGCGACCAUUAUCGCUGCCCUUGGCCACAUCUGAAAUCACAGAGCUGCAUGGUCUGCAAGCACUGACCUGAGCGCGAUUGAGCCAGGCGACCGAGCAGGGGAACAGCGUGACGUCAUCCUGGGCACAACCAGUGACAGACAGACAGACAGACAGACAGAAAGUCGACGGUCGAUCGAAUGAUGAUGAUGACGGGUCGUCAAGAGCGAAGCCGAAAUUCGGAAUAAAUGACCCCCUGUUCUGCCGUAGUAGUGAGUAGCGCCGCGAAGAGCCCCUCCCAGGACCCGCUUGGAUGCGCGGGGUGGUCCGCUUCAGCAACCGGGACGACGACCGCGCCUAUGGUGACGGCGAAGGAACCACCAUCACCUCCUCCUCCUCCUCCUCCUACAGAAAGUCGUCCGGCAGGAUGCGUUCCGACUGGGGCAUCUACGACGAGCCCGGACAUCUGACAGGAGGCAUCUACAGCGUGAGCGACGUGGCCGGAGUGUCCGUCUACCCCGACGAUGUGGCGGACGACGACGACGUGGUCGUAGGGGGCGUCGUCGCUGGGGAAGAGACCGUGUAUGGCUUCAAUUCGCGGUCUUCGACUUCUUCUCGGCUGCCGUCGUCAGCUGGUCAGCAGUGGUCCAGCACCCACAGUCUCGCUCCAACCUCGUCUCUGACCAGGUCCUCGCACUCUUCCUCGGCAGGGGAUCACCGCACUCCCAUAGGAGAGAGUCAGAGACGGGUGCAUUCCAACACCUACACCAGAGACUCCUCCUCUUCUAAGCAUCACGACCUCUCGCGAGAUCACUCCUCUACCAGGGUAGUAGGACCCCCGGAGCCCAUCUACAGAUCUGUGGAGAAGCGGGGAGGCUCCGCGGAGAGGACGUCCACCGGCAGGUUACCUCCCUCCAGAAGCUAUAGCAGUAGUCGGGGGGGCGGUGGCGGCGAAUACGCCACCUCUAAUUCCGGCUACAGGAGCCUGAGAGGGUAUCCUUCGACGGCUGAAGACUACGAGCGCGACAGGGAACCCAGGACCUACUCCCAUUCAGCUGCCACCCAUUCAGCUGCCAGCAACGGAUACAGCAGACCUAUAGACCACAUCCCCAGAGCGCAGGGGAGUCUCAAACGCAGUGGAAGCAAAGACUACCUCUCCAGCAGUGAGGUUUACAGCAGCCGGAGGCCUCACCACACGGACACCUACGGCACGGGCACCAGGAGUUCGACGACAGUGACCAAGGGCAUCCUCACCAAUUCCAGCAAGUACGGAGGUAGUGGUAGUCGCAGCAGUUUAGCCAACUCCCACUACGACAGCGGCAGUCGCAAUAACUUGGACAGUUACAGUGGUUACAGCAGCAGCGACGUCAAACACCAUCUGUCCGUUCCAAACAACCUCGACAAGCGGGGCAGCAUCUCCGAAUUGCCCAGGAGCUCGUUAAUCACCACAUCGAACAAGGGCAGCCAGACCGAACUCUCCAUCGCGGACGACCUGUUGCCGUCGGAGGGAAGGAGCGGAACCAAGGUCAGCCUCCAGUUACCCGAAGGCACAAGCAGCCUCAGUAGCAGACGAAGUAGCAGUAGCAACCAGCAAGUGACGUUUAGCUCUGAAGACGCCAAGGACAAGAAGUAUGAUUCUAUAAGUCGCAGAGGGAAAGGCAGCCUAGAGAGCAGGAAGAACAAGAGCACCAGGGACGAGCAGAACCAGACGGACGAGGAGAUGAGCCAGUGGGGAGGCAGGAACGGCGGUGGCGGUGGCCAGGGCCACUGGCACGGAAACGAACACCACCAGUACCAUAACGAUUCGACAGGGUACAGGGAUUCCAGUCCGCAGGGGCACGGCCACCAAGCGCCGCCCUUGCCGCGCCCGCCCAUACCCCCUCAGCAUUAUCCGGAUCACGAUGGGCAGUCGCACGGUAAUCACGCCCACCACAACCACUCUUAUCACAAUCACCAUUCACAUCAUUCACAUCACACCCAUCACUCCAGGCAGUCUUCGGGAAGCAGACAGGCGCUCGUGCACGCGGAGUCCAUGGAGAGUCCCUCCCUGAUGGGAAACUGCGAAUACUGGUGUUUGCGACUCAGCGUCAUCUGCGAAUGCUGUGCCUGCGGCAACUGCUGCUACUACUGCUGCUGUUGCUGCUGCUGCUGCUGGGGCGGUCGGAAAUGCAGAGAAUGCAUGACGCGGGUACCCUACGCCACCCUCAUCGCGACGCUGAUGUGUUGUGUGGGCGUGGGCGUCUUCUGCGGGACCAUGUACCGGGGUACCACCCUCACCCUUCGUAUGUUCGAAGAAGUCUUCAAACUCCACAUUAAAUGGGACCGAGAAUACAGGGUGGAACCAGUCCAGCUGACAUUCAUGGUGGUGGGCGCCGGCAUGGGCGGCCUGGGGCUGAUGAUCCUAUUCGUGGGUUGUCUCUCGACGGGCGCCACAAGGAACAAAGUCUAUAGGACAUGGCGAGGACGUGUAGGGGGCAGGAUCUCCUGUGCUAUUUUUAUGGGUAUCACAUACUUGUUGUCACUGGCGUGGUUGCUCAUGUUUGCUGCUCUCAUCAUUGUUACCCUGUUUUACACACUCGCUUGGUUCCAGUGCCAGAAUAUUCCUCAGAAUGUGUGUAUUGACUACAAUCAGUUUGGUUUCCUGUUUCCUGAAGGAACAUUGGAAGAAGACAAGCGUGUGUGUACAGGGGAGAGAAAGUUAUUCUGCAAAGAUUACGUUAACAAUGCAGAAAUUAUGUUCAUCUUAGCUUCAGUGUCAGCCUUUUUGGUUAUACUUUCUCUAGUUCAUUACCUAAUGUGCCUGGCAGCAAACUACGCUCACAUAAAAGACCAGGAGAAAUUUAUGGACCUCCAAGAAAUUCAGUUCCUGCAAGAGUCCGAGAUGUCAACACUUCCCAAAGACCGCUUCUAGGAUACAGCCCAAGGGAUCUUUUUGCGCAACAACCAGCGUAGUCGAUAUUUUGAAUCUGUUAACUAAACAGUAAAAAAGUCCUGGAAACUUGGAGGCUUCAUUCUGAAAGCUUAAUUUAUCAAAUUCCACCAUGCAUUUUUGAUCUCAGCAUUUACCAAUACGUUAUUGUAAAGUCUGUUAAGAUUUUCUUCCAGCAACGAAAGAUGAAUCCUCCAUGUUUGUGACUGUACUGUUUUUUUAACGAUGAGGAAUGAAAGCCUCUUAAAAAGAACAUGGGCAGUUUACUUGAGUAAGGUUCACCUUGAUCUAUAGUAGAUCACAGUUUUAUACAGGUGCUUCUGUCAUUCACUGGCGUUGACUGCCCAUGGCUUUUUUAAUCUCCAUUUCAGAGGCUUUGCCUUGAACUGCGAAGCAGAUUGGAAAUUACAGACAUCAUCAUUUCUAAGGUGACAAAACACCUGGGACCACUUGAAAUGUAGCGAUGUUGUUUCAUACCUUAACUGCUCAAUGCCUCAUGAUAACUGAUAUGACACAGUAAUUCCCCUGCUUCUGGUUGAAGGCAGAUGAUAGGGUUAGGGGUGGACUGGUGGUGUGCUUUCAUUGUGCUUAUUUUGUGCAGCUCUGGAUUAAGAUCCGUUCCUCAGUUUUGUUUUAAUAUAAGACCAUACAAAGAUUUUACCUUUUAAUAAAUGUUUUUGUUAAUAUAUUAGAAUUAAAACUGAGGCGCAUGUCAUGAAAAGUUAGAGCUGUUGUAUGUAUUUGUUCUUAUACUUUAGUGGUUUCUUCUGUAGUCAUUAGGUUCUUUGUCAUUGUACGUAUGUUUUCAAUACUCAUCCAUUCAAGAGUGAAUGUGUUUUGUAAAGCCUGUGUUCUACUUUACAUAUUAAUGUUAAUUUAAAUGCUAAUAAAAAAAGAGAACUUUUAAAAGUUAAAAUAGAUAUACAUAUAUGCUUAUAAUUGAAUUCUAAAAUGCAGUAUUCAUAGUAAGCUGUCACUCCUUAGUUUGCAUUUUUGUGACUUUUAACACUACUAAUCUUUACUGCACUGAUUUUUUGUGUUGAUUUCACUAUUCGUUGUUUUCCCAUUCGCAGCUUUUGCUUUCUUAUCCUCACUAACUGACUAAUUUACACUCAUGUUAUCAUGUAGCGGAGUGAGCUCCCUGCCCUUUUAGUCCCUGUGUCUGCUCCAAAGGAUCCCUUGGGUAAAUUUUACAUGUGGAUCACAGAGGUGCAUUAAGCCUCCUGGGGUCCAGUGGCAAAAUUUACAGUCGUCAAUAAACUAAGGAUUGACAAUCUAAAUAUAUAAAAUAUGUAAUACAGUAUGUUCAUUCUUGUUGUUGAUAAUGACCAUAAAGGUUCUCCAACAUGUUUUUACUAUUUUUUUUAAAUUAACAAAAAAAAAGAUAAGUUAAAGAAUAAAGGAACUUGUGUAAAGUUCCUCAUGUUAUGUAUAGAUUUGUGUAGUAGUUUUUAACGUCUUGUGUAGUUUGCUACAAGUAGACCUUCCCUGUAUCCCUAGCCUUAGCCUACAAACAGCUGAACCCAUCAUUUUCAUGCUGUUAUUAACAAGAAGCAACAUAUCAUCUUUUCCGUUAUAACAAGUAGUCCGCAUACUUGAUGUAAUUUUCGGUGGGUGUGGAAAAUAAUUAUAAACUAGAUAUAGCGCAUAUCUAUGUUAUAUUUUGCAGUUUAGAUGCUUCUGUUUUAUGGAAUGUUAUUUAACAAAAUCUUCAAUGGACUAGUUUAUAAUUUUCUCACACUCUUCAAAUUAUGUAUUUGGCCUUAGAUUAACUGAACCUAUUAAGACGUUAGUAUAAAAGGUGUAUUAUCAUUGACUAACAUAUCUGCAUUAGUAUAGUUAAUUCCACGCUGUAAUAAUAACUCAUAGUACAUAUGGCUGUGUGCGAGAUCCUCUGUGGAACACUGUUGUUGCCUAUUAUAGUCUAUAAAUGUUGUUUAUUGCAGGAAAAUGUUUAUCUGGUAGAGAGGGUCCGUUGGAUUUUGCUCAAUGAUUGGAUGCGAGUUCCUGAAAAUAACAAAAUAUACAAUAUACUACUUCAAUACAGUAUUAAGCAGUUAAGCAUUUGUUAGAUGAGAAUUUACACAGUAUCUGUACAGAGUGUGUAACUUACAGAUUUAAAACUCGAGAAAGACAAGCCCACACUUCUAGAAACUUUUAUUUUUCAGUAACGCACAUCGUCAUUAAAGGCCUAAGGGACUGACUCUUCCUGUGCUGUCAAAUAUAUGAAUUAGUUUUCACAAUUUUUUAUAUGAUCUGACUGACUCGGCAGUUAGUAUAUGACCUUAUUUGUGCAUGCCCUUGACCACUAAAGACUGUAAUACUUUUAGUCAAAUAGUGUAAGGAGUGCACAUUUGCUGUGGCUAUACAGCAACCUACGUGUGUGUAUAUUUUGUAUGAAGAACAUAAUACCUAAAUAUGUUUUGUUGUAUAAAAACAUUAAAAUUUUAUAGAUAA